AUGUCAAGUUCACUGAUAAUCUUUGAGCCGUACCGCGCUCAGUUCCGAGACUCUGGUCAACCACCUGACACAUUACAGGUGACGGCACAAAGCCGUGCCCGAUAUGAUACCGACUUUGCCGAUGAUCAGGUUUGGGUGCCGGUUGCUCAAGUCGAUGACAAGUAUGUCGAUGAAACGGCCGAGAUUGCACGAGGCUAUCUCGACUUGGGCGAAGUGUCACCAAGGACGGUUCAACGACACCAAAGUCACUCAUCUGUAAAUGAGCAGCUACACAAAGCCACGCCAGAUUCUUCUGUCCCCAAGCAAUGUAUUAGGAAUGAUACAUCUGAAUGUUAUUCGUCCGAGCACUGCUUUCCUCAACAACAAGAUGAUAUUCUUGCAACUUACUCACCUUACAACUCACAACAUUCGCCGACGAACAACUCUUCUCUGUCUUCAUCCCCUCAUGUGUCCCAUGGUAGCCAUAAUAGUCAUGCAUCGAUUGCCUCACUGGAUCUCAUACCGGCAGAAAUACCGCAAAUCUAUUUCGACGAGCAGGAGGCAUGUCUCAUGCGGUAUUUCGCGGUUCAGCUUGGGCAUUGGUUCGACAUAUGCGACGGGGAAAGGCAUUUUGCUUGUACCGUUCCAAUGCGAGCACGCACAUGCCCACCUCUGCUCAAUGCAAUCUGCACAGUCGCAGCAAGACACCUGAGUCGAAUCAAGAAGUACUAUGUCGGCAAUCACGUUGUAUACGGAGGAAAGUCUCUUCCAAGUCUCACAUCCGCCACAGCCAUUGAAUACCACAACCGAUGCAUCUCAUAUUUCGUCUCUCUAUCUGACCACUCACGAGAAUCUCAAGAUGAGAACCUACUCGCAGCCGCAGUGAUACUACGUUUCUACGAAGAAGUAGACAUCCCCUCAAUGGGCGAAGACACCGAGUCAGCCCUCCGCGGCAUCCAAAUCUUCCUCGACGCCCAAGCAAUCCCAGCAGUAUCAGGAACAGGCCUCCGCCACGCCGCAUACUGGAUAGCGCUCCGACAAGAAAUCAUAACCUGCUUCUCCAAGCAACGCCCCUUCCGACUCCCCCUAGGACCCUGCGAUCCCUACCGCAGCUUCGAACCAGCAGACGACUACGUCUGGGCCGACAGACUAGUAAUCCACUGCGCAGACGUCCUCCAAUUCUGCUUCGGCUCCGAAGACGAAGAACCCACCACGCCCAACUCAUUUCCCCACUACCAGUACCCCAACAACCACACCCACCACAGACACCCAACAACAGAAGCAGAAACCCGCCUCGCCCACUACGAUGCCCUGGUAUCAUUCUCUACCUUCUGGAAAACCCUAGGCCCCCAAUCCUUCAAACCAAUCUACAGCCGCGCCGCAGACCCAGCAAACGGCCAAAUCUUCCCGGAACUGUGGUACUUGAACAACUGCCACGUCGCCGGCCUCCAGCAUCUAGAGCUAGCACGCAUCCUGCUGGCAGUGUAUAACCCGCGCCUGCCAAGACUCGGACCCGGGCAGCGCACAGCAAUGCGAUCAGUUGACGAGGAGAUUCGCGCGAUUGUAUUGCGGCUUUGCGGAAUUGCCUUGUCGAAUUUGCAUAGUCCGCCCGGCCUUGUCACUGCUAGUGCUGCUAUUGGGAUGUGUGGGGAUCGGUUUUCGAGGCGCGAAGAGCAGGUUGCGCUUCUUGGGGUUUUGGUUAUGCUUGAGGAUGAAUAUGGGUAUCCUACUUCUAGUAUGAGGGAGCAAUUGGGGUUGGCUUGGGGGUGGGAGGGGGGGGGGAGGGGGAGAGGAUGGAGGUUGGUUUAUGAAUUUAAUAUCAGGACUAUGACUAUGCCAUGUUUAGAGGCUUGUAUGGUGGGUUGGUUGAUGUGA